CUCUACUCGACUCCAAUCCAUGAGUGAUACCUCGUAUACCCUCCCUCCAAUUCAGUUCACCACAGCACAGCAUCAUGCCCUCCAUUCUCCCUCCCUGGCCGAAUCUGAUCUUCGGCAUCUUCGAGCCCAUCUCUCUCAUCGCCGGGGCAGUGAGUCCCCUCAUCAACCUCAAUCACUUCAUCACAGACCAGAUCCCCCAUGCUCAAACCCCUCCUCCCUCUGUCUCCGCUCCUGCAAACCCACUCCUCCAACCCCAAGCCGUCUCCCUCGCCUACCAACUGGGCAACCUGUACGGCCUGCUCGCCCUGCUGGGAGUGGGAAUCCUAACCACCAGCACGGAGCCCCAGGUUAUCCGCAACUACCUGCUGGCCCUCCUGGUGGCGGAUGUGGGCCACAUCUAUGCCACGGGGUGGGGGAUGGGAUGGGAGAGGUUCCAGGAUAUCGCUGGGUGGAAUAUCCUGACCUGGGGUAAUGUGGCGGUUACGGCGUUCCUGGGGGUAAAUCGCAUUUUGUUUCUGCUGGGGUGGUUUGGGAGCUGUAGGCGUCGGGCGGCAUCUGGGAAGGAGGAGGGGAUGUUGAAGAAAGUUGCUUGAUUUUUUUUUUUUCUUUUUUUCCUUGGAAUUACUUUUGCUGUAACUAUGCUUGUCUACUUCUGUUUUGUUGUUGGCAGGUGAUGGGGAUGAGUUGGAAAAUGAGUGGUGUCUGAAGGAGGCAAAGGGGGAAACAAGAAGUGUUAUGCCAGCCAAGGUUUAUGUCUAUGGCACCGUUAAACUAUUCCCAUG